AUGACUUCCAUGCCAAUAGAAUCGAGGAAGAAGCCUCGCGUGUUCAGUCUAGGUUCAGUCGAGCAUGUGGGAGCCGAGUAUCUUGCAGAAUUCCAGCAGGAGUUUGACUUAUACACGGUCGAUAAAUGUACUCGAGAAGACGUCAAGGGGUUGCUACAAGAAAACAUCAAAAAAUAUGGCCCGAUAGAUGCCUUCAUCGCAGGGCCGGGUGGCCUACCAUAUUAUCCAUUCGACGAAGAUAUUUUCUCCCCGUUGCUACCGAGCUGCAAAAUUAUUUCGACCAUUACUUCAGGCUAUAAUAUGUUCGAUGUAGAUUGGAUUACGAAGCAGGGCAUGUGGCUGGCAAAUACCCUCGAUGGCUUUGCGGAACCUACCGCUGACAUGGCCCUAUUCUUACUCCUGGCUGUGUUUAGGAACACCACAAAUGCAGAACAGAGUGCGAGAGCAGGGACUUGGAGAAAUAAUCUUAACCCGACCCAUGAUCCCUCCGGGUCUACAUUAGGUAUCGUGGGAUUAGGGGCAAUUGGAAAGUACCUAGCUAAGAAGGCUGCAGUGUUUAAUAUCAAGGUCGUAUAUUAUAGUCGAACUCAGCUGCCAGCAGAUGUUGAGUCCGAGUAUGGGGUAACCUACUACGCCUCCUUACACGAUAUGCUCGCGGUGUCCGACGCAAUCUCCAUUUGCUGUCCAUUAACCGAGAAGACCAGAGGGUUGAUCGGCCCAAAGGAGUUCGCAGCAAUGAAAAAUGGCGCUUAUCUCAUUAAUACGGCUAGGGGGGCAAUUGUGGAUGAGAAAAGUUUGAUUGAAGCCCUUGAAAGUGGGAAAAUAACUCGAGCAGGCCUCGACGUCUUUGAUGGAGAACCGAACAUAAACCCUUACUUCAAGACUAGCGACAAAGUCAUUAUUCAGCCUCAUCUAGCAGGUUUGACGGACUUGGCAAUUCGACGAGCUGGAAAGGAAUGCUUUGAGAACAUUCGUUCUCUGUUCAGGACAGGGAAGCCAGUUUCGCCGGUGGUUGAUAUUGAGCGCAACAGUGCUGGGCGGAACUAG